AUGUCGCCCUUCUUGUUUGUGAUUUGUAUGGAGUACCUAACCAGAUUACUCAAAGGGCUGAAAAAGGAUCCUGAUUUCAACUAUCACCCAAGGUGUGAAAAGCUUGAUAUUGUGCAACUUGAGUUUGCGGAUGACCUAUUGUUAUUUUGUAGAGGUGAUGUGGGUUCUGUCAUGAAACUUUAUAAUUGUUUUUUGAGCUUUUCUGCUGCAUCUGGCCUGAUUGCUAACACAACAAAAAGUUCUCCUUAUUUUGGUGGUAUGGACCAUAAUACACAACAGGAAGUUCUGGAGAAGCUACAGUUUACACAAGGUGGCCUACCAUUUAGGUACCUUGGAGUCCCAUUGAGCACUAAAAGAUUAUCUGCUAUCCAAUAUGUGCCCUUGAUUGAUGCAAUGAUGAGUAAGGUCACUCAUUGGACAGCCAAGGUACUGACAUAUGCUGGAAGACUACAGUUACUUAAAUCUGUAUUAUUUUCCAUCCAAAACUUUUGGGCUCAAAUCUUUAUUCUACCCAAGAAAGUCUUGAAAAAGAUUGAAACUAUAUGUAGAACAUUUCUUUGGACAGGGAGCAAUGAGGUGUCAAACAAGGCUAUGGUGUCAUGGGAACAACUUUGUCUGCCAAAAUCUGCCGGGGGUCUUAACAUUCUACAUGCCCAAACUUGGAAUAAAGCUGCUUCAUGGAUGCGUAGGAAGAUUUUCAAAGCAACACAACUAUUAGAGGCAAUUGGCAUGGAUUAUACUCAGGUGAUGGGGUCUGUAGAUUUUUCAAUUAAACAAGUAUAUACCAAGCUCAGAGGAAGUUUCCCUAAGGUUUCUUGGAGAAAGCUAGUUUGCAAUAACUAUGGGGCACCUAAGUGGACAUUCAUACUGUACUUGACUCUUCAUAAGAGGUUAUACACAAGACAUAGGUUGCUAAAGUGGAGAUCGACCAAAAUGUAUGUCCUUUGUGUGGUACUGAGAAAGAAUCAGUUGACCAUUUGUUCUUCAAAUGCUCUAACUCUGCUGAAGUAUGGAACAAACUGCUCUCUUGGCAGAAGUACACCAGAAGAGCAACGGAGUAGACUGCAGAAGUUAGCUGGAUGGAAAGAAAUAACAGAGUCUUUCAGGCAAAGGAAAGAAGCCCGGCAGUUCUUACCAGACUCAUCAUACAAGAGGCAGUGA